UACCUCAUCCAGUUUCCUCAUCGCCCCCUCCACAUCUCUACUUAGUUUUGAUCAUCCCCUCAAAGAUACCAAAAAAUGGCUUCUGCUUCUGCUUCUUCCUCUCUUUCUACCAUGUCUCUCCUCCUCCUAUUAGCCAUUUGUAUCUCCUCUCUCUGCUCUCCAACUAGGGCUGAUGAGUUUGAUUAUCCUCCCUUAGUGAAUGGCCUCUCCUUCAGCUUCUACAAGUCCAAAUGCCCCAACUUGGACUCCAUUGUGAGGGACUUCCUCAAGAACUCGUUCAAGAACAACAUCGGCCUCGCCGCAGGCCUCCUCCGCCUCCACUUCCACGACUGCUUCGUUCAGGGGUGUGAUGGGUCUGUAUUGUUGGAUGGCUCGGCGAGCGGACCAGGCGAACAGCAGGCGCCGCCGAACCUAACACUCCGGCCGGCAGCUUUCAAGGCCAUCAACGACCUCCGAGCACUCAUCGACAAGGCGUGUGGACAGGUCGUCUCUUGCGCCGAUGUCGUUGCGCUUGCGGCUCGAGACUCCGUCUACUUGUCAGGCGGGCCCAAGUACAAGGUGCCGCUGGGCCGGCGCGACGGCCUGACGUUCGCGACGCGCAACGUGACGCUGGCCAGCCUCCCCGCGCCGACGUCGAACGUGACGAAGCUGCUGUCGGUGCUCUCGAACAUCAACCUCGACACCACCGACCUCGUCGCCCUCUCCGGCGGCCACACCAUCGGCCUCGCGCACUGCACCUCCUUCACCAACCGCCUCUACCCCACCCAAGACCCCGUCAUGGACAAAACCUUCGCCAAGAACCUCGAACUCACCUGCCCCGCGUCCAACACCACCAACACCACCGUCAACGACAUCCGCUCGCCGAACACGUUCGACAACAAGUACUACGUCGAUCUGCUCAACCGGCAGGGGCUGUUCACGUCCGACCAGGACAUGUACACCGACAAACGCACGAAGAGCAUCGUCACGAGUUUUGCGGUCAACCAGUCGCUGUUUUUCAAGCAGUUUGUGUAUUCGAUCGUGAAGAUGGGGCAGCUGAGCGUGCUGACGGGCGGGAAGGGAGAGAUAAGGGCGAAUUGCUCCGCGCGGAACGGCGAUAACAAGUUCUUGUGGUCGGUGGUGGGAGGGGAGGGGGGAGAGAGUGCUAGCGUUUUCUAAUUUCCAGGGCUUUAAUUUGGUGCAUGUUGGUUGCUUAACUGUUAGUGAAGCUGUUGUUGAGCUGUAGUUGUGUGGGGUUUGCUCUUUUGGGUUUUUAAACUUAUGGUGGCUUCGCAAGAAUAAAAGAUGGGCAACUAAGAAAGGUUUUAUGAUCUUUUGCAUAUACAACUCCUUAUGUUUUUUAAUAUAAUGUCCAUUGUGUCGA